AUGAAGAGGUCUUGCGCUCUUUGUGGACGUGCCUCCAUCGCUAAGAACAUGAAGAGGAUGUGUGUUGGAUCGAGAAGUACAAAUCUCAUUAUGGUUGCUUCGCUGUCAUCGGUCGGAAUUGUUGCUAGAUCGGAUGUUAGCACUGUUGUGGACUUCAUUAGCAGGAAUUCAAGAUAUAUUUGUUAUUCGCAUGUAAUGCAAGCGACGCAGUAUUUAUGUGCUGAAAUAGCAGCUAAAGGAGGGCACCUUUCGUACUAUAAUGGUGAAGCAUAUGUCACUACUGAGGAUAUCCCGCUUCAUGUUGUUGAGAUGAUCAAUGGAUUUAACAACACUGAUGCUGUCAUCACCGCUCGAGAUGUGCGCUUGUUCAUUAAUGUCGCGUUCAAGAAGUAUCCCGCGACUUCUCUGUGGCCCGGGAGUGGAGAAAUAACGGCUCGAUCUGAGCCAGUUGUUCAAGUAGAAGUGGGUUAUGGAGAUGAUGUCGGCGUGAAGCGUGAAGGAGAUGUUGAUGUAGCAUCUAAUUUGACUACUGAGGUUCUGCCUGUAUAA